UGCUUGUGCAAAAAAAAAAAAAAAAAUAAUAAUAAAUACAUGUCACGUGUGAUUAGUGGGCGUGUUGCGUGCGCAAUUCGUUACUGGCGCAAAGGUAGUUCUAACAGCGAUAUUUAAAGGAGGAUUUUGCGUGUGCUACUGUCUGCCAUCAUGGACCGUUUGGGGGAGCAAAGCAGCCGUAAAAGAAAAAUGAAAUUUGAAGCUAUGGCUUUGAAGGUGCUGGUGGAGGAGGCGUGUGCUCACAGUGGAGAACUGAAGCAGAAACAUCUAAGCGUUGCCAGAAGAAACGCGAUUUGGGAGGCCAUCUGUGAAAAGGUGAAUGCUGUGAGCCGAACCAGAAGAUCUCCCGAUGAAGUAAAAAGAAGAUGGCAGGAUUUUCGCAGGAGAACAAAAGAAAAACUUUCCCUCAAUAAAUCCACUUCUAGCAAAUCAGUCGGGGCCCCAGUAGAAGAGAUCCCUCUCACUACAACUGAGCAGACGCUUCUGGAAACAUUUUGUGAUGAGCGGAUUGUUGGAAUCCAGAGAUGUGACUCGCUUGACCAAAAAAUAGUAAACCAAGCUGGUGAAACUUUAUCAGAUGUCCGGAAGUACCCGCCUUCCUCCACCAGUGUGCCUGCAUCAGAAAACUGCCCAGAAGAACCCCGAAGGUGUCCUGACUGUGAUGACGUUGAUCUGGAGCGGAUGCAGGAACGAAAUCAGACGGACUCGCUGCAGGCCAUUGCGCAGGAGAUCCGAGCCGUAGCCAACGUUGCGCGCGCCUUCCGCCGUGACGCUCAGGCCAUCGUGGCGCACACGAGGCAGCUGGUCAGUGCCGUGACUGGGCUCACAAUGGCUGUAAAUGCCCUGGCAGGAGUUGGAGGCAGUGUUCCUUCACCUGCGCCGCCGGUGAAUGAAGUGGUAGGAGAGCGCACGAGUGGACGCCGGGACAACCUGCGAAAACGCAAAGCCCCAAAUAAGAACAUUGUUUUGAAGAAAAGAAAAUAAGGACAGUCAAUGCCACAAUAAUCAAUUUCUCAUCCGGAUGUUUUUUUUUCUUCUUUUUAUUGGUUGUUCUAGGUGAAUUAACGUUACGUUUGUGUCCAUUCAUAACACAACAUUUUAUGUCCGUCAUGGUGUUUUUUUUAAUUGCAUAAAUUAUUUAAAUAAACCUUAAAUGGCUCAUGAGAAGGUUCUUUGAAUCACGUCAGCGGGUGUUUAUGAACCCGCUGCAUCCCGCGUGCGUUCUACAGUCGGUGCAGCAUGUUCAAGAUGGAGCAGACUACUCCAGUCCGUGCAGCUUUUCUCAGUUAUAGUCUAUAUUCAUGAUUCAACAGUAAGAGACUGGGUAAAGUUUCAAGGUAAAAACAACCACUGAUCAAAGGAUAAUCACACAAUUGCCACAAAACAUGUUGAUGAGCUCAAAGACUUUUCUGAAAGUUUGGUGUUGCUGAUUAGACAAAAGAGGGACCUUUUGGAAGGUGUGUGUCCUUAUACAGUUGGUGUAAUUCUCACAGUGUUUCAGAAAGAAAGGUAAUUAUUCUAAUAGUAAGAUGUGUGUGGGGGUAAAAUUCUGCUUUGCUGCUUCAAAAUCUCACCAAUUUAUGGUGCACUAAUGGCACCAUAAAUUGCCAUUACUGCAUUUUAUGGUGCAGUAAUUGGAACCAUAAAUUCACAAAAUGAAUAUUUUAGAGUGGCCUAAUCAAAAUCUGGACUCAUAUUUAUUUUCAGAUGCUGUAGUGUAGCCUUAACCACACCAUCCAUACUCAAAUGCUUCAGUUUAUCUGAAUUAAAACAAUUCUGCAAGGAGUGGACUAAAACUCCUUCACAGUGAUGUGAAAAAUACAUUACUAGUUAUUGCAAACACUUGAUAGUUAUUGCUGCCGAUUCUGACACAACCAUUUAUUAGCUGUAGGGACCAAUUACUUUUUCACGUAUGGUCAGGUUUGUUUGGAUGACUGUCUUCCUUAUAAAUGAACAUUACAUUUUGUGUUUAAUACUAGGGUUAUCUUUGUCUGAUGUUAAAAUGUUAUUGGAAAUAUAUUUUUGAGUGGAAAUAUGACAAGAAAAUACAAAUCUGUUUAAAAAAAA